GCAGCCGGCAGUGCCCAGGUCAAAAACAGCCGCGCUCGAUCGGAAGCCAAACGAGCACGAGGCGAGGGGCUCCUGACGGCGCGAUGCCGCCGGCGCGGCCGGACCCUGAGCCGCCGCCCAUCCACCGCCUGCUAGAGCUGAUCAAGUCCGAGCGCGACCCUGCCAACGCGCUCUCCCACCUCGAGCUCCUUGUCUCCACCCGCCCGGCCUUCCCUCCGCCGCAGCCGCUCAUCUUCCACCUCCUCCGCCGCCUCGCCACCUCCUCCCCGUCGCACCUCCCGAGGCUGCUGGGUCUCCUCCCGCGCAUGCGCCAUCGGCCGCGCUUCUCUGAGUCCGCGGCGCUCGUUGUUCUAUCGGCCUUCUCCCGCGCCCUCAUGCCCGACGCGGCCCUCGCCGCGUUCCGCGACCUCCCCUCCCUCCUCGGCUGCAACCCCGGCGUCCGCUCCCACAACACCCUCCUUGACGCGUUUGUCCGCGCUCGUCGGUACUCCGACGCUGACGCAUUCUUCGCCUCUCUUUCCCACGGUGCCUUCGGCCGCCGCAUCGCCCCCAACCUCCAGACCUACAACAUCAUUCUCCGCUCUCUUUGUGCCCGCGGAGACGUCGAUCGAGCAGUGUCGCUCUUCAGUUCUUUGCGUCGUCGUGGAGUGGCCCCCGACAGAGUAACCUACUCCACCCUCAUGUCGGGGCUGGCGAAACAUGACCAGUUGGACAAUGCACUUGACCUGCUCGACGAAAUGCCGAACUAUGGAGUGCAGGCUGAUGCUGUUUGUUACAAUGCGUUGCUUAGUGGGUGUUUCAGAACUGGCAUGUUCGAGAAAGCCAUGAAGGUCUGGGAGCAACUGGUGAGGGAUCCUGGUGCAAGUCCUAACCUUGCCACAUACAAAGUGAUGCUUGAUGGCCUGUGUAAACUUGGGAGGUUUAAGGAGGCGGGGGAGGUAUGGAGUAGGAUGAUGGCUAAUAAUCACCAAGCAGACACUGUUACUUAUGGGAUCUUGAUUCAUGGGCUGUGCAGAUCUGGGGAUGUGGAUUCUGCGGCACGGGUCUACUCAGACAUGGUCAAGGCUGGGCUUGUUCUUGAUGUCUCUGUGUAUAAUUCACUCAUUAAGGGGUUCUGUGAAGUGGGAAGAACAGGUGAGGCUUGGAAAUUCUGGGAUUCCACAGGUUUCUCUGGCAUUCGUCAAAUAACAACCUAUAAUAUAAUGACGAAGGGGCUGUUGGACAGUGGAAUGGUCAGUGAAGCUACAGAGUUGCUGAAACAAUUGGAGAAUGAUGCUUCAUGCUCCCCUGACAAGGUAACUUUUGGCACACUGAUCCAUGGUCUGUGUGAGAAUGGCUAUGCUAACAGGGCAUUUGAAAUCUUGGAGGACGCACGAAAUAGUGGGGAAGAGUUAGAUGUGUUCUCAUACUCAUCAAUGAUAAAUAGAUUUUGUAAGGAUGGAAGAACACAUGAUGCAAAUGAGGUAUAUAAGAAUAUGGUGAAGGAUGGUUGCAAACCGAAUUCUCAUGUUUACAAUGCACUAAUAAAUGGUUUCUGCCGAGUGAGCAAGAUUAAUGAUGCUAUUAAAAUUUACAUUGAAAUGACCAGCAAUGGUUGUUGCCCAACCAUCAUCACAUAUAACACACUAAUAGAUGGUUUGUGUAAGGCUGAAAAAUAUCAAGAAGCUUCAAGCUUAACAAAGGAAAUGCUAGAGAGAGGUUUUAAACCAGAUAUCAGAACUUAUGCCUCUUUGAUUCGUGGCCUUUGUCGAGACAAGAAGGUUGAUGUUGCCCUUCGUAUUUGGGAUGAAAUUCUUGAUGCGGGUCUUCAGGUUGAUGUAAUGGUGCACAACAUCUUAAUUCAUGGUCUUUGUUCUGCUGGGAAAGUAGAUGAAGCCUUUUGUAUUUAUUUGGAGAUGAAAGAAAAGAACUGUUCCCCAAAUCUAGUGACCUAUAACACAUUGAUGGAUGGAUUUUAUGAGAUUGGUUCUAUUGAUAAAGCAGCAUCCCUUUGGACUGCCAUUUUAGAUAAUGGAUUGAAACCAGAUAUUGUUACAUACAAUACAAGAAUUAAGGGUCUGUGCUCUUGUAAUAGGACACCUGAAGGAGUCCUCUUAUUGAAUGAGGUGCUUGCAACAGGUAUUAUGCCAACUGUCAUUACCUGGAGCAUAUUAGUAAGAGCUGUAAUCAAAUAUGGUCCAAUUCAGAUAUGACACCUUGUAAUUCUUCAUGGUACGAAGACUUCUUGUGGAUCUAACUAACCAAGGAUUAGCAUCAUCAUACUGAAAACGUAUGCACUAUAUGGUUUUGUUUAACAAGGUAUGAGCUUAUGAUAAUUUUUUUUAAUAUCAUGUGUAUGUGUUUUCUACUCGCACCCAUAAUUUUGUCUUCAGAGGCAUGUGUCUUUUCUUAAAAUAGUAUUCACUUUGGUUUAAAUUAGGGUGGCAUUUCUUUAACGUGUUGAGAAUAUAACACUUUUACCAUGUUUUGGCUGCUGAAGCAUAGCUCUGAUGCAAGGUUAAACACAGCUUGAGUUUAUCUGAUCUCAGGAUGGAGAAACCUGUGGUUUAUUGGCCAUACUACAUGUUACUCUUGGAUCCUGAAAAUUGUAUUGAUAUAUAUUUCUUUAAUGCAUCAAGAAUGUAACAUAUGUUUUGACUGUUGAAACAAUACAUAUCUGUGAUGCAAUAUUAUUAAAGACAUCUUGAUUUUAUCAAAUCUCAGGUUGGAGAAACCUGUGGUUUAUUGGCCAAGCUACAUGUUUAACAUUUUUUUGGAUUGGAAAAGUUGUAUCAAUAUUUUUCUAACGCAUCAAGAAUGUAACACUGUUACUAUGUUUUGGCUAUAGCAUUGCUGAAACAUAUCUCUGAUGCAAUAUUGAAGACAGCUUGAGUUUAUCAGAUCUCAGGUUAGAGAAACCUGUGGUUUAUUAGCCAAGCUACAUGUUAAACAAUUUUUUGGAUUAUAAAAAAUGUACCAUUUUUUUCUAACGCAUCAUGAAUUUAAUACUGCUACCAUGUUUUGGCUAUAACAUUGCUGAAACAUAUCUCUGAUGCAAGAUUGAAGGCAGCUUGAGUUUAUCAGAUCUCAGGUUAGAGAAACCUGUGGUUUAUUAGCCAAGCUACAUGUUAAACAAUUUUUUGGAUUAGAAAAGUUGUAUCAUUUUUUUCUAAUGCAUCAUGAAUUUAACACUGCUACCAUGUUUUGGCUAUGACAUUGCUGAAACAUAUCUCUGAUGCAAGAUUGAAGACAGCUUGAGUUUAUCAGAUCUCAGGUUAGAGA